AAUUUAACUAACGUAACGAUUUGUUGCUGUUCGUAGGGACGAAAACUGGGCAAUGGCCUUCCUCGUGAGUGCCAGGGGGUGUUGUAAGGGGUAAACACCCCGGAGUAGCGUACGCACCCGUUUUGUGCGGGGCAACGCCGCGCGCUGUUGUGAGUGUACGUGCUGCCGCACAGGGAGACGUCAUUUUGAGGGGGAGCGAGGAAGGGAAAAGGGGAAGACGGAGGCACGUCGGCGGCUGAGACGAGCAGUGCGUCAAUGCCCUACUAGAAGCCGAUGGCGGACGCGGAGGUCACGAUGUCCAUGGGGGACGUGGUGGUGGUCAACGCCACCGGGGAGGACGGUGACCCCGACGACGUCUCGAAGACGCAGGUCAUCCUGCAGCUCCAGCCAAUCACACAGGGGAUUGGAGAGGAGUGUGCAGAGGCUAAUGCUGCCCUUACAGCCGUGGAUGCACACCAGGAGAUGAUUGCCGACGGGGAGGAGGUGGAGUUUGGCUAUCCCAUCACUUGUGGCGAGAGCAAAGCAGUGCUGCUGUUCAAGAAGUUUGUCUGCCCUGGCAUCAAUGUGAAAUGUGUGAAGUACGACGACCAGCUGAUCAGCCCCAAGCAGUUUGUCCACCUGGCGGGGAAAGCGACCCUGAAGGACUGGAAGAGGGCCAUCCGGCUGGGCGGGGUCAUGCUCAGGAAAAUGAUGGACUCGAGGCAGAUUGACUUUUACCAGCAUGACACGGUGUGCACCAACACCUGCCGCAGCACCAAGUUUGACCUGCUGAUCAGCAACACGCGGCUCCCCCUGCAGGGCAGCGAGCCAGCCACACCCGCCACCCCCCAAGUGGGGAACGGAGGUCAGGCCAUCAUAGUGGAGGAGAGGCUGGAGGAACCCGUCGCCACGGUGGAGUUCAGCCCCAGGGCUGUCCCGGUCAUGACAGAGGCAGAGAGCAAACGGGAAACGGAGGACAUCUCUGAGGAGACGCUGAACUUCUGGAAGGGCAUCGCGGACGUGGGGCUGAUGGGAGAGGUGGUGGCCAACAUCCGCACCGAGCUGCUGGAGGUGCUGACGGGAGUGCAGCAGCGCAGCGCCGCCCUGCUGGAGCCCGACAUCGCGGUGCUCAGCAGUCUGGGCCAGGUCUUCGGGCUGCUGGACUCCGUGAAGCGAGUCCUGGACAGCCGCCGCUGCCAGACCGACCCCAGCCAGGAGCACGUCCUCAGCACGCUGACAGGCCUCGAGCAGCAGUUGGAGGAGCAGAAGAAGCAGGCGCGCGAUUGGCGGGCUCGCUCCCGGGCGCUCCUCCACAGCGUGGCCUUCCCGCCCGCGGGGGCCCCCAAGCCCCCCGCCAAGCGGCCGCGCCUCCAGCGGCCGGCCUCGGCCAGCGUCCUGAGCGCGUCGGCCCCGCAGCACCAGCAGUUCACCGUGCUGUCGCCCAUCACCCUGUCGCCCGUCGGCCAGCCCUUCACCGUGACCGGGCUCCCCGUGGGCUCCCUGGCCUCCCAGCCCAACACCGUCACCCUGCACACGCUGUCCGCCGGCUCCCAGCUCUUCACCCGCUACGCCGGCGCCUCUGGCAAAGGCGACACCAUCACCCUCCACCCGGCCUCCAGCCUGACGCUGCUGAGCGCGGCCGCCGUGCAGGACUCCGGCCACCUGGGGGCGAUAGUGAGCCCGGUGGAGCUGGUGCACCUGGCCCGGGAGGACGAGGCGGGCGCGGGGGGGCAGGGGGAGGCGCCGGCCCAGCCCGACGACGGGGAGGUGGUGGAGGGGGCGGUGCUGGUGCAGGAGGCGGGGCUGGAGGUGAAAGAGGAGGAGGAGGAAGAGGAGGAGGAGGAGGAGGAGGCCGAGGACGAGGGCCAGACGCACACCACGGUCAUCGAGAUAGACCCGGCGCCCGGCGACCACGCGGACGGGGUGAUGGGGCUGCAGCUGGCGGGGGCGGAGGUGGUCCACGGCGAGAUGGAGGUCCUGGGGGAUGGGGAGGAGGGGACUGUGGUGGUACAGGGCGAGAUGGAGGUGGUGGGCGAGGGGGAGGGGACCAGCGUGGUGGUGCACGGGGAGGUGGAGGAGGUGCAGCUGGAUGCGCAGGGGCAGCUGCAUGACGUGCAGAUCGUGGUCAUCGAGGAAGAGGCGCAGGAAGAGGCCAAAUAAGACCACCGUAGCGGGACAGCUGCAACUGUGACACACUCGGGGGACGCCUGUUGCUUUUCCCUUUCUAGAUUUGUUUUUUUUUU